UACAUUUGAGUUUUCUACGUGGAAGAAAUCAAUCAACGAUGUCUGGAAGAGGUAAAAGCGGAGCCAAGGCCCGCGCCAAGGCUAAGACACGCAGCUCCCGCGCCGGUCUGCAGUUCCCCGUGGGCCGUGUCCACCGUCUCCUCCGCAAAGGUAACUACGCUGAGAGAGUUGGAGCCGGAGCCCCAGUUUACCUGGCCGCUGUCCUGGAGUACCUCACCGCUGAGAUCCUGGAGUUGGCCGGCAACGCCGCCAGGGACAACAAAAAGACCCGCAUCAUCCCUCGCCACCUUCAGCUGGCUGUCCGCAACGACGAAGAGCUGAACAAACUGCUCGGCGGCGUGACCAUCGCUCAGGGAGGCGUCCUGCCCAACAUCCAGGCCGUCCUGCUGCCCAAGAAGACCGGCCAGUCCGCACCCAGCUCCGGCAAGGCGGGAAAGAAGGCCUCCUCUCAGUCCCAGGAGUACUAGCCUUCAGGCUAACAACUGUGAAAACCAAAGGCCCUUUUAAGGGCCACCCACCCAUCGAAAGAGCAAUUUUCCUGUUUACAUCAUGCUUUUAUUUAUUCAGUUCUUUGGUUUCAGAUGUUUGGUCUAAAGGUGGUUGACUGAAAUUAUUCAGUGAGAUGUUUAAAUGGUGCUGAUUAGCAUCAAGGUUUUUACUCUGCUCACUGUGACCUCAGCUGUUCUCAAGCAGAUGGACAAAUCGACAGCAUUUGAAUGCCAAGAAUAAACUUCUGCUCAAAACUAA